CACAAAUGUGACAAACGUCAAACAAAUUCAAAGUGUUGCCAAAAAACAAACUGCUUUCGCGUCCUCGCUCGUUUACCUGCGGAAUUCUGUACCCGUGUUGUGCGUAGCAUCGAAUUGAUGUGUUUUUUUACAAAUCUACCCGCUCGAUUACGUUUGCAAUAGUUUGUAACCAGCGCUUGUACCCACGUGCCGCUUGUACUACCUCAAAUCGCAAUGAACACAGUCACAACACCGCCGAGGACCGCAUUUAAAAAAGAACCACCCGUGCCAAAGGACUAUGAAAGUACGUCGUCUGAUGAGGAUGGGUACCUGUCGCCAUUCAACGGAUCGGAUGAUGGAAGCGAAGUGGUGGAAGGAAGUUUGCUCGACGAGAUGCCUCCGUUCUCUGCCUGCUCCAUGUCACCGUCGGCACGGUCACUCUCGCCGAUCGAACAGGAAUCAUUCGAAUCGCCGAUUUCGGUACCGAAGUCCGGAAGAAGCUACUCGGGCUGUAGCACACCGACGUACGCGACCCCGCCACCAACAACACAGCAUCUGACGGGAGUUGGCGCGCAACCGGCCGAUGGAUAUGUAACGCUGGACGAAAUACAUGCCCGUAUUGGACUGACCCCACCGGAUGGGAACGUUAGCCGGAGCCGCCUGAACUUGGAAACCAUUUUCGAGGGUGUGUUCCUAGAAACACCACCAAAGAAAGAGUUUCAAUCGAAGGGAAAUCUGUUCCGCCGAUCUAUACGGAAUCGAGCGCUGCUGUGUGAGAAAGCGGAUCAGAAAGAGAACAUGCCCUGAACAGGCCUGACCGUAGGUUUGUUUGUAACAUGUUUAGCGGUUAUAGGUAGUGAAAGGUUUUAUAGUUUUGGUUUCUUGUUUAUAUCAACAUGGCAAUAUGAUAAUUGCACAGCGAGAAA